GCUAACCCGAGGUAUGUCAUCAUCCCAUGCAUACACAAUGAACCAUGAGCGGACAGGGAUUGAAGGAUCCGUACUACCCAGUACAGGCAUUGUCGCUCCUCCUUGUGUGUAUGGAUGCACAGUGCCGUAUAGUGUGCCAGGCGUCAAACUGUCUAUUAACCACUCGGAGCACAGGCAUCUGACUCUCCCCUCCUCUCUCCCCCUCCCCCUCCCCCUUCCCCCGGGAAGUUGUGGCAAAUGUCUCCGCAAGGUUCCUCACACGGGAGCUCCGCACAUGGAUCUUACGAUCCUUGGACGCCCAAUCCGGCGGCGGCGGCGGGAUGGGACCCGGAGCAAGGGACCAUCGACCCUCGACUCUUAACGGAGCCCCAGACCGCCCCGGACGUGGCGACGCAGGACUCCUUUGCAAGCAACUCUUAUUCUGUCAGUACACCUCUUCCAGCAACCUAGCAACCCACGGAGACCAGUCCCAUCUGCCUUGGCCCUCCUGUCCUCCAGAGCAGUCGUACUUUACUCGGGUCAGAGCCGGCAGAGCCCGUUUUCGUCCGCCUCAGAGGUCGCUAGUCUCGCCGAAGGUGCUUAGAUACCUCACUACAGAGACAUGGCUAGCCCUGGUGCCAACAAUUCGGGAUCCGGCCCCGGCCCCGCCCCCGCCCCCGACGCUCAUCUUUCUCCCGACGCCAUGCCCUCCCCUCGGGACGCCGUGGCUCAUCAGGACGCCUAUUACUCGUCCUCCUUUUGGUCUCACCAAAAUGUCUCAUUCCCUUCUCCGUCCGCCACGAACGGCUUCGGAGCUGCUCAACGACAACAUUCCCUUACUGACGCCACUCUGCCUCCCCAGGCCGAGUACAACGAACAACACCAACACCUCCAAGCCGGGGCUCAGUACCCCGCUUCUGCAUCUUCCACCACCGGCCCGCCGUACGUGUGCGGCAUAGAGGGCUGCACGAGAUCGUAUCCUCGACACGGCGAACUUGAGUAAUAAAUUUCCCUCCAUCACCGCUCCCCUCCUCCCUUUCCCGCCCUAGAAACGGACCCCCCCCUUCCUUCCCC